GUCGGCUAGUGUAGAUGUCUCUGAGAGGGGGUAGUGUGGUCCCUAUGAUUCUUUCAGCUACCCUCACCACCCUUUGCAGGACCGAAACUGAAACUAAAGGAGGAGCGGAGACUGUUCCCCUUUCGCUGGAAAUACGUUUGAGUUUCUGAACCUUUCACAGAGCAGAGACACGAAGGAGCAGGGACAGGAGCAAAGAGAAAGAACUAAAGAAAGUGAGGUUCAUCAGCUUACUGACUAUCCCACUCUCUGCUGUGACCCGAUGUCUCCCAACGUCGUCUUCUUUGAUCUGGAGACAACUGGAUUAAACACCGACAUGUGUGACAUCAUCCAGUUGUCUGCUGUCUGUGGAGAGAGGCUCUUCAACGCCUACACCCUCCCUGUAUGCGCUAUCACUGAGGCCGCCAAGCGGGUUACGGGCUUCACCGUUAGUAAUGGCAGCCUGUUUCUCCAUGGGAAUCGUAUGCACACCACCCCUGUCUACGAGGCUCUCACCUCUUUCAUAGCCUUCCUUCACUCCUUCCACCAUCCCGUGCUGCUGGCGGCCCACAAUGGAAGGUGCUUUGAUGCCCCUGUGCUCUUCAGAGUGCUGAUGCAGAGCCAGCUCCUGCAGAAGUUCCAGCAGGUAGUGUCUGGGUUUAUGGACACCUUACAGCUAGGCAAGACGCUCUAUCCUAAUCUGCCCGGAUACUCCCAGCAGUUUCUGGUCAGUUACUUCCUUGGAUGCUCCUACAAUGCUCAUGAUGCUGUGGAGGAUGCCAGGAUGCUGCAGGAGCUGUACAAGGUGUGGAAUCCUAAUCAAAGGGAUGUCUGGAGUUGUAGCUUUAGUGCAACCUCAAUGUUUUAACAACACACUGAAUAAAUAAGACAAAAUCAGAUCGAUAGAAAAUGACAGAGAAAUCUUUUUCUGUCAUGGCAGACAAAUAAUGCCAGUACAUCUCUUAUUCAAAGAUACUUCUUAAUCAUAUCAUGUUUUAUACUCUUCACUGUCAACAGCAGUGUCUUUUUACAGGAGUCAUUAAACUAUUUCGGUUAAACCUUCCUUGUCAUGUUUGUAUUUU